UGGGCUUAUUUACCAUGAAUGAUAAGCCCAGGGUAUAAAAGUGAGAGUUGAUGCUGACAACUCACCAGCUGCAAGAUGGCAAAGCUUCUACUUGGAACAGCAUUGAUCUUGUUGGCAUGCCUGGAACUGGGCUCUGCCUACAGACUGGUUUGUUACUUUACAAACUGGGCUCAGUACAGACCAGGAGCGGGGAAGUACAAGCCAGAGAAUGUGGACCCUUGCUUAUGCACACAUCUGAUCUAUGCUUUCGCUGGAAUGAGGAACAAUCAAAUCUCCACCUAUGAAUGGAACGAUGUAACCCUUUACCAUGAAUUCAACAGCCUUAAAAACAAAAAUGGAAACCUUAAGACACUCCUGUCCAUCGGAGGCUGGAACUUUGGAACUCAGAAAUUCACCGCCAUGGUUUCCUCAUCAGGAACUCGCCAAGUUUUCAUUAAGUCUGUGAUUAGCUUCCUGCGCGGUUAUGGAUUUGAUGGUUUGGAUAUUGAUUGGGAAUAUCCUGGAUCAAGAGGCAGUCCCCCACAAGACAAACAUCUCUACACGGUGUUAGUGCAGGAAAUGAUGGCAGCGUUUGAAGCUGAGGGGAAAAGCACAGGAAGACCGAGACUGCUGCUCUCUGCUGCAGUUGCUGGUGGCAAGAGUAACAUUGAUUCUGGCUAUGAGAUUCCCGAGCUCGGAAAAGUCAUUGACUUCUUCAAUGUGAUGACAUAUGAUUUCUUUGGACCCUGGAGCCGUACCACUGGAGAAAAUAGCCCUCUAUAUGCUCUCGCAAAUUCCCAAAGUGCUCUCAACUUGGAGUUUAAUGUGAACUAUGCAAUGAACUACUGGAAGGAGAAAGGAGCUCCUGCAGAUAAACUGAAUGUUGGAUUCCCAACAUAUGGCCACACCUUCAGACUGACCUCAUCCAACAAUGCAAUUGGAGCCCCAGCAUCAGGUGCUGGACCAGCUGGGACGUACACUAGACAAGCUGGAUUCUUGGCAUAUUAUGAGAUCUGCACAUUUUUGCAAAGUGCCACCAUGAAAUGGGAUGCUUCACAGAUGGUUCCAUAUGCCUACAAAGGAAAUGAAUGGGUUGGAUAUGACAAUGUGCAAAGCUUUAAGGACAAGAUUGAGUGGCUAAAAAAGAACAACUAUGGAGGAGCUAUGGUGUGGGAUCUUGCUCUGGAUGACUUCUCCGGUGCUUUCUGCCACCAGGGGCCUUAUCCUCUCAUCAAUACACUGCACACAGGGCUUGGAAUCUCUGCAGCUUGUGUUCCAUCUAAAACAACGUUGCGACCAGCUGUUCCUCCUACACAGUCUCCCAGCGGUGGUGGCGGUGGUGGUGGUGGUGGCGGUGGUGGCAGCGGUGGCAGUGGGUUCUGUGCUGGUAAAGCUAACGGUAUCUACGCUGAUCCAAAAGACAAGAACAAGUUUUACCAGUGUGUGAAUGGAGUGACCUACCUGAAGAAUUGUGCUACUGGACUCGUCUUUGAUCCUUCCUGUGACUGUUGCAACUGGGCAUAAGUAGAAGGUUUGCCAUGAAUCUUCGUUGGGCACCAGUGAAGCUGUAACUGGUCUUCAGUCUAAUUACUGAAAUAGUGUACCACAUCUAAUUUCUCUCAACUGAAGAUAUAACUUGCAGUUUAAACAGCAAAAUAAAAUCAUUGAGCCACAUAGAAAA